AUGUUUUUGUUCCCCGUUCUUAUCUAUCUUGUUUUCACUGUCAUCCCCGGUGUCCGUGGAGCUGCAAUAGCUUCACUUAGCGCGCCGGCACCAUCUAAAUGGGUCCACCCAGGGGCAAUGAUCAGCCAGUCACAGUUGAAUUUCAUUAAAACAAAGGUGGCCGGCAACGAACAGCCUUGGCUUGACGCCUACAAUGCCUUGCUGCAAGACGUCGAGGUUGCGGUGACACCCUCCCCGCAUGUCAUGGUCGAAUGUGGAUCGUAUUCUAUUCCUGAUGUCGGUUGCAAGGUGGAACGAGAAGACUCAAUCUCAGCAUACGGUAACGCAUUAGCGUGGGCCAUUGGUGGUGAAAUAAAGUAUGCCCAGCAAGCGAUCAAGAUCAUGGAUGCAUACGCGUCUACCAUACAAGGCCACAACAACUCCAAUGCACCACUUCAAUCAGGAUGGGUUGGCUCUAUUUGGGCGAGGACUGGCGAGCUUAUCCGAUAUACAGACGCAGGAUGGUCAGACGAGAGCAUUGAUCAAUUUGCCUCCAUGCUGCGUAAUGUUUACAUGCCCUUGACGGUUGGUGGAACCGAUCAUAAUGUGGCAAACUGGGAACUAGUCAUGACCGAAGCAGCGAUACUCAUGUCAGUUUUCCUUGAAGACUCCGCAUCAUGGAACACCGCAAUGGGAUGGUUUCUGGAGCGAGUACCUGCCACAGUCUAUAUGACAAGUGAUGGGAAGUACCCGAUUGCUGCCCGCGGGCAAAGUUCGUCCCCAGAGGCUAUUGUUGCAUGGUGGUUCAACGAGACUACGUUCGCGGAGAAUGGUCAAGCACAAGAGACUUGUCGUGAUCUAGAGCACACUGGUUAUUCGUUUGCGUCUAUGGCGCACGUCGCAGAGACUGCGCGAAUCCAAGGCACUACCGAUCUGUAUAAAACCGAUUUGGGAACACGCCUGCGAUACGGACUAGAGUUUCAAUCGCAGUAUGUUAACGGGCUGACUGUUCCUUCGUGGCUUUGUGAUGGGGCGCUUAAGCUCACCUUGGGUCCGAUCACGGAAGUCGGUUACAACGCCCUGUCCUUCAGGCUUGGGGUCGAUAUGCCUGAGACGGGAAAGCUGACAGUCAAACAACGACCUGCUAAAGAUAACGGGCUCUUCGUGGCCUAUGAAACGUUGACACAUGCGGAGAACAAUGCCUGA